AUGGCUGAUAUAGAAGAUGGUUUCGAUGUGAGGAAUACAAACGGCGCUCGAGAACUCGGUGAAUUGUCAAUAAAAAUUAGGUCUAAAGGAGAACCUGCAGAAUUGGGAAGAAUGGAUUCCUUUGUGCCUGGAAUAACGCCCGUAUGGGUUAAAACUUGGGGAUGUUCCCAUAAUGGUAGUGACAGCGAGUAUAUGGCGGGACUACUUGCAAAGGCAGGUUACCCCAUCGCGAAGAAGUCUUCGAAUGCAAAAAUCUGGGUACUGAACAGUUGCACUGUGAAGACUCCGUCGGAAACACAAGCAAGCAAUUUGCUUGAAGAAGGAAGGAGGCUGGGGAAAUAUGUCGUCAUGGCAGGAUGCGUUUCACAGGCAGCUCCGGACGAACCAUGGCUCAAGAACGUAUCUAUCGUUGGAGUGAAGCAAAUUGAUCGAAUAGUAGAAGUUGUAGAAGAAACGCUGAAAGGAAAUACUGUGAGGCUACUCAGUCGAAAACGACCAGACGCCGGGCUUUCGCUACCAAAAAUACGGAAAAAUGAGUUGGUUGAGGUGCUUGCGAUAAAUACCGGUUGCCUUAAUCAUUGCACUUAUUGCAAGACAAAAUUGGCAAGAGGAGAUCUGAAAAGUUACCCAAUAGAAGAACUGGUGGAGCAGGCUCGCACUGCAUUUGAACGUGACGGUGUGAAAGAAUUAUGGCUCACUUCCGAAGAUCUCGGGGCUUGGGGUAGAGACAUUGGUUUGGUUCUUCCCGAUCUCCUUAACGAGAUUGUUAAAGUGAUUCCAGACGGGUGUAUGAUGCGACUAGGAAUGACUAAUCCACCUUACAUUCUUGACUAUUUGGAGGAAAUCUCGACGAUUUUGAAUCAUCCACGGGUUUACUCCUUUCUUCACAUUCCUGUACAAUCAGGCAGUGAUGCAGUGCUUCGCGACAUGAAACGAGAAUACAACAGCGAUCAUUUUAGAAGAAUUAUGGAUUUCAUGCUAGAAAAUGUGCCGAACAUUUACGUUGCCACCGAUAUGAUUUGUGCAUUUCCAACAGAGACUGAAGAAGACUUCGAGGAGAGCAUGCAGCUCGUCCGUGACUACAAAUUCCCGUCACUUUUCAUAAAUCAAUUCUAUCCUCGCUCUGGUACGCCAGCAGCAAGGAUGAAAAAGAUCGAUACAAUAGAGUCCAGACGUCGUACGGCGGCAAUGUCUGCUCUCUUUCGAGAGUACAGUCGGUAUACACCAGAUAGAGUGGGAGAAGAGCACCACGUUUUGGUGUGCGAAAUGGCGUCGGAUGGCAUCCAUGCAGUUGGUCACAACAAAUGCUAUGAGCAUUUUCUUGUACCUAACUACGAUGGCUUGAUGGGCAGCUGGGUUCGAGUUCGUGUUGUGGAAGUGGCAAAGUUCCAUAUGCGAACAGAAUUAUGUGAGAGUCCAAUAAGGAGUAGCGACAAAAAUGGGACUACAUUAACCGAUUGGACAGCGAAAAAUCUGGACGACUGCACACCAGUUGGUACGUUCAGCACUGGUGAAGUGAUCAUCUCGCCAACACCUGCUGAGAAAUCACCUAUUGCUGUCAUUUUACUGUCCAUUCCUAUUGUGAUUGGUGUGAUUUUAUGGGGAUUGGUAGAGAGAAAAGGAGCAAAGAAUACCGCCUGUAUACUUUGCUCCCCUCGAGGCGCCGUCUUGCCAGCCUGCGGCCGGCGCUCGGAGCGACCAGCCAGAGAGACUGCAGGUCGUGAGAGUAGUCCCGCCCUAAGGAUACACUUCCUCGACGCGCCAGGACCACGCCUCCUACUCAAAUCGGUUUUCUUGGUUCUGCACAAGAAUUGCUCCCUACUGUCUACUUCAAGAGAAAGGCUGACUUUCGUGAGUGUGCCUAGUCUUAUGCAGGCGCCAUGGAAGGCGCGCGAGGGACCCAGGGAGCGCCUGCGGGAUGAGGAUGGAUAUCGUAUUCGUGCUGCAGGUGUAUGCGUGAAUGGACGUGGGAAAGACGCAAUGGUCUUACUCGUCAGCGGCGGAAAAGAAGGCGGGAAAUGGGUCAUCCCAGGUGGCGGUGUUGAGCAAAACGAAUGUGCCGAAGAAGCAGCUCGACGAGAACUGGAAGAAGAAGCGGGAGUGAAGGCACGUGCCGUGGAGGUGAUCGGCCUAUUCCAGGAUGAUGAUCGCAAGCACCGUACCACCGUGUUUUUGAUGGAAGUGGAGGAAGAGUUGAGUGUGUGGGAAGAGGGCGAACAUGGCCGUCGGAGAAUUUGGUUGCCGUUAAAUGUUGGUGCCGAAGUCGUGAAAGUGGCACAUCGACCUAUACUGAAUGCUGUACUGGCACGCAGAAGUAACCUUACUGAUAUCUGUCCGCACGCUGCACCUCUCUCAAUAUAUUUUCGUAAUCAAACAAGCACAACUGCACCGGUAACACUUAUUUUUCACAAUGCAGAUCAACCGCGAUCGAGGAUCAUCCUGAUAGUUGCAGUUGCCACUGGAGCGCUUGCUGGGGCUAUGCUAUUAAUUUAUUACAGAAAGAGAAUGGAUAGAAAUCGUGAAAUAUUCGAGAACAAAGUUAUUAAUCCAGCUAGAGUUAAGAAACGCAGUCGCUUAAAGAGUGGUCGUUCGUCAUCAUCUGCCUCUUCAAAAUCGCCCGGAUAA